AGAUUCAUCAAUAGUUCAAUACCUCAGGCUUCUCACACAGAGAAUUCCCAAUCCCAACAAUAUCAGGCGAAGAGAAGUCUAACAAUAAAUAUCUUCUGGACCCACCUAACAAUAACAUCCCUAUUGUUCAAUGCAGCCUUUUUCUUUUUCAGGAUUUAAUGCACAUUCCUAUUUUCUUCAUUCAUUAUUUUCUUCUCCAAGCAAACAUGGUGGAAGCUAUAAACUUCUCUUCAUUUAAUAGACUUUUACCUUCAUCAAGAACAAGCCCAAUUCACUUUCAUCUGUCUGGCAAUGGUUCAAUCCAAAAUCUCUCAACGCAAAGCUUCAAAACACUUCCUUUACCUAGAAAAUUCAUUGGUUUUCAUUUCCCCGGGAAAAUCAAAUUCUUUAAUGCCUGGAGCGCAGAAGGGUCUGUGCAAGAGUUGGAUGACUCGCCUGUAUCGAUUGAGCUUGAAACUAUUUGCAGUGAGAGCCAGUUUGAUCGGGUCAUAGCGGAGGCACAACAACUUGAGGAAGCGGUUAUCAUCGUUUGGAUGGCAAGUUGGUGUAGAAAAUGUAUAUAUUUGAAACCGAAAUUGGAAAAGUUGGCAGCUGAUUACUAUCCAAGAUUACGGUUCUAUUGUGUUGAUGUCAAUAAUGUUCCACACAAGCUUGUUGCCUAUGCAGGAGUCACUAAAAUGCCUACUAUACAGUUGUGGAAGGACAGCAAGAAACGGUCUGAGGUGAUUGGUGGGCACAAAGCACAUUUUGUCAUUAAUGAAGUUCGUGAAAUGAUUGAAAAUGAAUGCACCAUGUGAAUUUUGUUAUUCUCAGUGGUUUGAUUUUUUUUUUUUUUCUCCCUUUUCUUUUUCAUUUCAUUUCCCCUUCGAAGCAAAAUUUGACUUCCCCCCCAAAUAAUUAUAUUGGCAAAAAUUAUAGCAUAUAGAGAAGGAAGAUUCAUGCUUAUUUUGCUAACCUUUUCCUAUAUUCUACUAACCUCACUUGUAGCAGAAGAAAUUUUACAGAAUUACAAUAAGAAAACCUUUCUUUUUGACUGUUUAGGUGUACUAUUAAUUUUAAUUAUGGUUAACCUCUCUUAUUUAAGUAAUAAACUGCUUGGAUGGGCUCGUUGUUCAAUGAAAUUUUAGUUUAAUCAAAUUCAAUUAGUUCCUUCCAAGCAUGCAUUUAAUUUUUGUUA